AUGAACAACAUACGCGAUCUCAUCGACAAGUAUUGCUAUGUUGCAAUGGACACCGAGUUCCCAGGCGUCGUCGCUCGGCCAAUAGGCACGUUCAAGACGUCGUCAGACUACCACUACCAGACCAUGAGGUGUAACGUCGACCUGCUCAAGAUCAUCCAGGUGGGGCUCACACUCGCUGACGAGGAGGGCAACUAUCCGCAGGACGUCUCUACAUGGCAGUUUAACUUUCAGUUCAGUGCCAACGACGAUAUGUACGCUCCGGAAUCCAUCGAACUCCUGGAGAAGUCUGGCAUUGACCUGCAACGGCAUGAGGAGAUGGGGAUUGAGCCCAAUGACUUUGCGGAGCUCAUGAUCACGUCAGGGUUGGUGCUUGUACCGGAGACGAAGUGGAUAUCUUUCCAUAGCGGUUAUGACUUCGGGUAUUUCGUCAAACUCCUCACCGCGGAAUCAUUACCAACAACAGAAGAGAAAUUCUUCGACGUACUUCGAACAUGGUUCCCGACCAUCUACGACGUCAAGUUCGUCAUGCGCGCCUGCAAGGUGCUCAAAGGUGGCUUGCAAGACGUCGCCGAUGACCUUGGGGUAAUGCGGAUAGGGCCCUCUCACCAGGCAGGGUCCGACUCGCUCCUCACCAUGCUUAUCUUCUUCAAAAUGCGCGAGAUCUACUUCGGCGACCACAUCGACGACACGGAGUACAAUGGGAAGUUGUACGGGCUCGGGCAGACGUUCACGACAACGAACGGCAUGGCCGAGCCUGUGCGCGGUACCGCCGCGACGAUUGCGGAGCGCGAGGACCGUGGCCCCCCACGAGAGCACACGCAGACACCCGGACCGCCGCAGAGCCACAGCGUCAUGGGCAUGGCCGGGCCCCUCCCGACGUCCGCGAUGACCGGCGCGAUGCCUGCGCCGCUCCCUCCAGGAACACCGUAUGGCCCGAUAGGUACGAAUGGGCCAUAUAUUCGGACGGCGAUUGUGGGUGGGGGGCGGUAG